AUGGCCAGGCGGCGGCCACCACCAUUCCCCGCCCGUGUCGCCGCCGCCGUGUUCCUGCUGCUGCUGACCCCCGCCCCGACCUCCCAGCUCGGCCUGGGCUCCGUCAUUGCCGCCUGGAUCCACGGCUCGCCGCCUCCUAGCCCUAGUAGCCCUGACGACACCGACACCGCCACCGCCUCCUCGGGCGCGCCGGCCGGCCCGCGGAGCCAGGAGUACGCGGCACUGCAGGCGCUGAAGGCGGCCGUGACCGAGGACCCCAAGGGCGCGCUGGCGUCGUGGCAGGGCGCCAAUGUGUGCGCCUACAAGGGCGUGUACUGCUCCGCGCCGCCCGACGGCGCGGCAGCGGCGGCUGCCGGCGGUGCUGCGUCCACGGUGGUGGCCGGCAUCGACCUCAACCGCGCCAACCUCAGGGGCACGCUCCCCGACGCGGUGUCCCUCCUGGCGCACCUCACGUUCCUGCACCUCAACAGCAACCGCCUCGGGGGCGCCGUCCCCGACACGCUCCGGGACCUGCAGUACCUGACAGAGCUGGACCUCAGCAACAACCUCUUCUCGGGCCCGUUCCCGGCGUCCACGCUGCUCAUCCCGUCGCUGGUGUACCUCGACCUCCGCUUCAACGCCUUCUCCGGGGAGCUCCCGCCCGAGGUCUUCGCUAAAGACCUCGACGCCGUGUUCCUCAACAACAACCAGUUCGAGGGCCAGAUCCCGGACACGCUGUGGACGUCGCCGGCCACGGUCAUCACGCUGGCCAACAACCGCUUCACCGGCGCCGUCCCGGUGGCGCCCUACGAGUUCGGCGCCGGCGCCGGGACCGGUGGCCGGGUCCGCGAGGUGCUGUUCCUCAACAACAACCUGACGGGGUGCGUGCCCGAGGCGCUGGGGUUCCUCCCCAGCAUCCAGGUGCUGGACCUGAGCUACAACGCGCUGUCGGGCCACCUCCCGGGGACGCUCUCGUGCCUGUCGGGGAUCGAGGUGCUCAACCUGGCGCACAACCAGCUCACGGGCGAGCUCCCGGACCUGCUGUGCGACCUGCGCCGGAUCACCAACCUGUCCGUGUCCUUCAACUUCUUCUCCGGGAUCAGCCAGCGGUGCGACCGGCAGCUGGGGAGCCGCGGCGUGUUCGACUUCGUGGGCAACUGCGUGCCCGGGCGGGACAUGCAGCGGCCGCAGCCCGAGUGCGACGAGUUCCCAGGCGAAGGCGGCCUCAGCUGCCUCCGUAUCCCCGGGGCGCGCCCAGCCGGGUGCGGCGGCGGCGACGCGGCGGGCGUGACUAUCGGCGUCGGCGUCGGCGUCGGCGUCGGGGGCCUGCCGUUCGGCCUGCCAGGCGCCGCCGCCGGAGGCGUGGUCACCGUCACCGUGCCCUGA